CUUCUGAUUAUGGCAUGAAGCUGCCAAUCUUGCGGUCCAAUGCAGAGGAUCAGAUUCUGUACCAGACUGAGCGUUACAAUGAAGAAACCUUUGGUUACGAGAUUCCCAUCAAGGAGGAGGGGGACUAUGUAUUGGUGCUGAAGUUUGCAGAGGUCUAUUUUGCACAGUCCCAACAGAAGGUAUUUGAUGUGCGUUUGAACGGCCAUGUGGUGGUGAAGGAUUUGGAUAUCUUUGACCGAGUUGGGCACAGCACGGCUCAUGAUGAGAUCGUUCCAAUGAGCAUCAAGAAGGGGAAGCUGAGUGUUCAGGGAGAGGUUUCCACAUUCACAGGGAAGCUCCAAAUUGAGUUCGUCAAGGGAUACUACGACAAUCCAAAAAUCUGUGCAUUAUACCUCCUGCAAGGAACAGUGGAUGAUGUUCCAAAGCUGCAGCCUCACCCAGGCCUGGAGAAAAAGGAGGAUGAGGAUGAUGAAGAGGAGUAUGAAGAAGGCCCCAAUGUUAAAAAACAGGCCAAUAAGAACCGGGUUCAGUCGGGUCCCCGCACACCAAACCCUUAUGCCUCAGACAACAGCAGCCUCAUGUUCCCUAUAUUGGUGGCCUUUGGUGUCUUCAUCCCUACCCUCUUCUGCCUGUGCCGGUUGUGAGAGAGAGCCCUAUACAGAGGCAGCAGUGGGGACAAGAGGGAGGGAGUCGGACCGAAUGUGGUUGCUUUCCAUGUCCUCCAAAUUGUUCAUAAUUUAAGGAAAAAAGUUCAUUUGAAGUGAACAGCAGGUACAGGGACAGGGGAGCUUGCCUCCCUCCAGCCAGCGAUCAGGGAGGCCUCCGCUUUCCCACUCUCACCGGAAGCGGCCUCCUUUCCUCCCUGGGGCAUUUGAGACUAAACUGGAUCCUUGCUGUCUGUAGAAAGCAGAAGCUGGUAUACUUCAGUCCAUAUCCCACAAGGAGAGGAAGUAGCGUGACCCAAGCUUUUUACCCUUGUCAGGGUGGAAUAUCAUCCGCAUGAGAACCUAAGUAAGGAGGCAGCUUUGAAACCAGGCUUAGAUGUGUGUCUUCACCAAAAAGAUGCACAGACUUUCUGGUGUGAUUGGGUGACACUUUAACAACCAUGGAGGAGAGAGACUUCCUCUUCGAUAUCUGCCUGAAAGUGUGUAACUAAAUGUACGGUACUUCCUUGCGCUACACCUGCUAAGGCUCCGCCUCGUUGCUUGGUCUCCUGGGAAAUGUUCUACCUUCAGGGUGCGAGUUGCAUCAGAAGCAGAUGGAAUUAUUUGGCCUGACUUGCUGCAUUGGAUGGGAGAGACUUUUCUCUUGUGAUGAUUUGAAGUUUGUUGCUGAGAGGUUCUGCCAUGCCCUGCAGUAGGUCCGCUUUUUGUUAGUGUCUCUGACCCAGAUGCAUUUUUUUUCUGUACAAGUUGUGGUUUUAUUUCUUUUUUUUAAAUGUUCUUUUUCUCUUCUGUGGUUCAUUUAAAGUCUCAUCCCUUCCUCUCUCUAAUGUAUGGUGUCUGCUCAAGAGCUGCUAGGGACCAGGUGUUCAAAAAAUGGAGGUUCUUAGCAUCUCCACUGAGUCUCCAGUGCUUGUGCCUCCUUGCUCUGACUGUUGGUCUAGUGUCUGUAAGACAGGAGAGCAACCCUUCAAGUACUUCCUGGCUACUCCCUAAUCCCAGCUGCCUUGACCAGUCCAGUCCAGAGCAGUGUGAGAUUGGGAGCAGUCAGUGUGUCCCAUCAGCUACUCUGUGUAGGGUUUGGUAUCUCAGGACUUGCCUGUGCGAGAGGUUCUGGCACAUGCCAAAACUCUAGCCCAUAAGGUGACCAUAUCUAAUGGUUGUGAAGAGUCUGAAAUGGAAGGGAAGUCCUCUAGACCAGCCCAACCAGCCUCUUCAGUUACCUGGGGAUGAGUUUAAACCACAUUGUUUGCUUUCCACCAGCAGUGUCUUAGCAAGAUGACUGCUCCCGUGUGAAGGGAGUGUGUUCCAUGUGUCAUGUUGCUGUCUGGUUUUGGUUGUGUGCCUGGUGUGAGGAGAGCAGUGCUUUCAGAUACUUGAAGCUGAGCUGAACAGUGUCCAAACAAUAGUCCCUCUGUGUUCAAGCUGAUCUCUUCCUGCUCUGAAAGGACUGGUUCCUCAGCAGCUGAUCCUCUGAGUGCUGAGCACUUGAAGCUCCCAGGGAGUUAUGAAUAAACCUUGCCUGGCAUGAGGGGCUCAGCACCUGAGGUACUCAGGAUUGGGUGUUCUGUGAUGCUUGAAGUCUUUGUGUACCAGCCUGGUCAGCUUCCAUUCUAACAAUGUUCCUGCUCUAUGUGUUACCUUUGCCAAGGAGCGCAUCUGUUUUCAUCUUGUGCAGCUGGACUGAGGAAUCCCUCCCUGCACUCUGCUUCUCCUUGUCCUACUGGUUGCCUUCAGUAAAAUCACAUUUAGCUGCUCAGUUGACUUGGCCUUUCUCUAACAACAGGCAGAGUCUCUUGCAGAAGCCACACAAGCCUUCUGCUUUUCCAGCCAUGUGCACUGCUGCUCCAUGUUUAACCACAACUGCAUUUUCUAGUGUCAGUGAAGAAUAUCAAGCCCAACUGACUUUUUUCUUCUGCUGUUGUUGACCUGUAGUAUGCACACAAGCAGCACAUCUGGAAAAGCAGCAGAGAAGCUUGGUUGUAAGAAAACAUACGCAAGGAAGAAAAGGCCAGUGCUAUAGGCAAAUAGAUCCUGGAGUAAGCUGGGCUCUGGAAUGCUAGGAUGUCUGGUGGAAUAGCAACUUUAUCACUCUGCCUCUUUCUGAAGCCUUAUUGCUCCUAGAACUUCUUACUUUCAAUAUAAGACCUUUUUUUUGAGUGGCAGUGCCUGAAAACCAAGUAGAACACUGAGAUUUCUUGGUCACCAUCACUAACCAACUAGGCCCCAGGCUUUGGGACUUUACUUUGUGGGAACUUUGGGACUUUAUUUUGUAGGGACAGUCCAGCCUUCCAAGUCAAGAAUGUUUUCUUCCUCUUUGUCUGAGGUGCUGGCAGUUCUUAGUUGUGCUGCUUCUUGGGCAGGACCCAGUUUGGCUCCUGUUGACAUGGCUCAGAACAAUUUCUUUGGCUUGCUCAAUUUAGGCUGAGGGGCCCAUGUCUAGAAAUGUGCAUGUUUGAGAUGGAGGAAGCUAAUUAGAUCAGACCAUUCCCCUGCAAGGCUGGGAUAGUUGGUCUCUUUCCUUUCCAACAGAGAUUAUGUGCCAUGGUUUGCUUAGUCUGGAGCCUGCUGCAUGGGGCCUGACUUCUGUGGUGUGUGAGAGCUCACGUUUCUUAAUUUAAAGCAAUUCAGCUUAGAACAUUUGGGAAGAGGAUCAUAAUCUGCUUUGCAGUAGCGUGUCACCAGAUGGGUGUAGAAUUUCCUAGUUCAUCACUGGUCUCCUGGAGCCAUUAUGGUACUAUAAUAAAUCUGCUUUCUU